CAGAGGUGUUACUGCUGAAGCAAAUGAUGCUUUAGUUUGCAGUCGGGUGGAGCUAUCGGCUUUGCUUUGCGCCUCACUUUUAAUUAUUCGUUUGAUUCAGCAGUACUGUAAAUAUUGUUCAUACUGACGUGUGUGAGAUUGUUGUUUGCACCGCUAUAGAUGGACACUGCUGCGAGUCAAUGGCAUCUCUAUGUCAUUCCGUCAAGUUAUUCAUGCUAUUUUGAAGCCCAACGAUUCCUGCGAGUGCCUUACUCUCAGUGAGAGAACAUUUCCAUUCUUGAUUCCAGGAGAUCCAGCGUAUAAAAUUUUAGUCUGGUGCUCCUUCUAUUGGUUGUGUUACUAAGAUUCGCACCAGAACUCUUACCAUGCGAUUGAACGUCGCUUGUGAUGAGAUCGUGAAGAAGAGAUUUAUUUAAGAAGAAGAGAUUUAUUGAUGUGAGUUCGUACUAUGUUCGGCCGAGGCUCUCUUAUGUAGCAGUCGCGACGCAGGAUCUCUACACGACUGCGCCUAAACGCGCACCGCCUCUACCGCCAGUGACUUCACGCAGGUGCUUCCGGCCCGCAACUCCUUCUUGUGACUCGUGUCGCCAUCGCUGGAACUCAAUUGUGGUGAUGGAUACAAAAGAAAGCAUACUUACUUAGACAUGACAAUGACGAUUUACACAAUCACCGCUCACUUGCACGAUCUUAAUAUCGCGGACUGCAAAUGAGCUUCAAUCACAGAUCCCAUUGUGUUCUCAUUAUCACUGUAAAGUUCAUAAUUGUCUGGGUAUCUCAACGAAUUAUACAAGUCACUUGUAGGUACCUCAGACGCCUUUGUCUUCUCAGUGUCUGGUCAGCGCUGCUGAUCUUUGUGUCAAUGUGACAGCGUGGUGACAACCCAGACCAGGCUUACGUUUAUCUAACACGAUCUCGGGGUUUCGAUUAUCGAAACGACUCGUAGAUUCGUUCUUCGACUUCGAUUGGACUUGCUCAUCUUGUAUGGGGAUUCAGCAACUAGAGUGUGUUUUUGUCGAUCUAGUGGCUGUAAUUCUGAGUGAGACCUGAGUUUUUUAUUCGUCAACCUCCAAUUUUCCGCCCCAUACCUGCCUCGUUUUUCUGUCUCGAAACUCCUGCGCUCGUUCACAACGAUCACAGUUUUUUGCCCGCCAUUGAAGAAGUCGCUGGCGUUCAAUUGUCCGUCUUGCGGGGGAAGCUCGUCGCUUAGUAGCAGCGGCAAGGAAGAAAUUUGUGGUUUGUUUCGGCAGUGACGGCUUCUGAGGAACGAAGGCAACGACCCCUACUGCUCUUCACAUUCGCUUUGCUGCUCUUCCUCCAAAUCGCUCAGUUAUUAAUUAAAUAAAUUAAUAAAGGUAGUUGACAGACGUUGCAACUGUUACUGUUUUUGUAACUGAUUAAGAUAGUUUUCAUUAAAUUAUCAUUUGAUAUACUUCAUGCUUAAAUUUUACUUCAUGCCCCUCUCUAGUCCCCAUCUUGCUGCAACUUUUUCAAAUUUUAGAGACCUCUUAGUUUUUUUGCCAUUUUCGGAUAUUGUGACAGUAAAAUAAGACAUUAUGACCGUGAGUUUGUAAUUGGGGAAAACGCCGCGAAGCUAUUGUGGUAACUUUAAUGAGGCGAAAAAUCCACUGCCGAUUGUUUGUGAAUUGUAAACUUGACACUUCGUGAAAACUCAGCUUUCAAUGCAAAUGUGCGUGACCAGUUGAGGUUUAUAGUUGUUUUGCUUCCAAGAACGGAUCUCGUCAAAUCCAUCUUAAAGCUUAGUCGUUGUGUUGGUACAGGCCCAUUGCUACAUGAAGCCUGACGCGAGGAAUCUAGAGCUGGCCCCGUGUAGCCUCGUUGGUCACGGGCUGUGUGGCCGUGUUAGCCGUGGUUUGGUCGGCAGUAAAGGAGGGAACCAGUAAGGCGAUUAUUGCUCUCCCUACUGCCUGCUGAACAAUUACCUUCGACUUCGCUUCUUGUGGCAUACGUGACACUCCCGACCGCCAUACAGCGACUUCGCCUCGGCUGUCGCAUUGGUUUGUUUUUGGUGAGAACCGUUCGGAAUAAAGCGCUCACAUCUAGUGUUCACUUGUGCCGCACGUGAUAUCUAGAAUUUACAACUUUACUCCUGAGGAGGGAUCAUCGAAAACUUGUCAGCUGUGAACUUUUACAAUUUUGAAGUUUUUUUGUCUGUUGAGUGUCCUAAAUCUUUGCGACAGAACGAAAGUACCUCUAUCAUUGUAUGUUUGAAAAAACGUCGCUCUUGUCGUUUCUGAUUGGACUUUCUUUGUGAAAUUCGCUGCACCCAUCAGUGUACUUUUUCUUUGAAUCUUGGACUUAUGCAUUAGCCCGAGGUGAAUUUGAUCUUGUGACUAUAAAUCAGCAACGUACGCUACAGACUAUCGACACUUGACCUUGGAGAAUCAGUGUAAAGGUGAGCUCUGUUCCCAAUGAUGAUGCCGGUGCCCCUGAAGGGGGGCGGUCGGCCCAUGCGGCCCCAUUACCCCGACGAGCUUCAUGUGGCUGUGCUCACCGGACGCUGCAAGAGGAUCAAAAACCUCCUCAAGAAGGGAGUGCAUAUAGAGAGCGUGAACGACCACGGUCAGACUCCCCUGUUCUGCGCGGCGUGGGGCGGUGACGUGGAAGUGGUGCAGCUGCUGCUCGGUCUCGGCGCCAACCCCAACAGGAGGUGCGGGUCUUCGGGAGCCACGCCCGUCCAUGCCGCCACCUACAGGGGGUCUCGGCGCGUCCUUAGGCUCCUCAUAGAAGCAGGAGCUGACCUCUCCGUGAGGGACUCAGCCAACCUCACGCCAAGGGACUACGCUGAGCGUCAGCCGCAUCCGAUUCGUCGACAGAAAAUAUUAGCCUUCCUUGACCUGGUCCUCAGCAUGACGCUGCACAGGACGCGUGGACUGGACCUGCACAGGUCGAGUGGUCUUAAGGGUGUGGACUGUGACAGUCCCUCUGCCAACACCAGCACCCUCCCCAGGCGCCCGCUCGCCCCCUCAGAGUCACGUCUUGCCCUAAACAAGUCCACCCUCAGUCUCUCCAAGAAGAGUGUGGGGAGCGUGUCGAGCGUGUGGGGGGCGUGCGUGGGGAUCAGCGACCCCCGAGACCGGCCCCCCGUCAGCCCAGCCCGCCCCACCACGGAGCAGGGGGCUGUUAAACCAGCCUCUUCCGUCGCAAACCUUAACAAGACGGUAUCGUGCCAUCUUCUGGACCAGCUGUGCGUGACCACCUCGCUGCCGCUGCUCAGCCCUGACCAACUGCAGCGACCAACUGUACCUGGCACCGCCUACACGUGCGGCGGGCCGACGGUGUACUCGCCGUACUCGUGGCUCGGCACUCCCGUUACUGUCAGGAGGCCUACGCCCGCCCUCACCAUCGCCAAGGAUAAUAAGAGCCCCGGGAGCGAAGGGAAGCCCGACCAGGACGCGGUGCUGUCGCUGCUGGAGGAGCUCGCGAUCUUGCGUCGCCUUCGUCAUCCUGCGUUCCUGGAGGUGAUGGCGGCGUGCCACGUCACCGACCCAAGCCCUGACCACGUCACCCUCGUGUUCCAACACGUCCCUCAUGGCUCCCUCUACCACCACCUCCAUGUCAUGCACCGGGACCUCAGCAUGGGAGGAGCUGUGGACAUCCUGGUGGGGGUGGUGGAAGGCUUGCUGUUCCUGCACGCGCACGGGUGGCUGCACUCCGGCCUGUCAUCCCACGCCCUCCACCUCGUCUCCACCAGCCACGCUAAAUUAGGCAGCUUCCAGCACGCCAUCCAACAGCAAGCUAAAGGUGGAUGCAGCAUGAAGGCGGACGAGCUGGGCCGCGCGACGUGGCUGGUGCCGUGGCAGGCGCCUGAGGUCAUCAGCGAGGCGAUGGUGUCCAUCAAGUCUGAAGUCUACGGACUCGCGACCAUCAUUUGGGAGAUCUGGUCUGGCAUGCCCCCGUGGUGCGGUGUGCCGGACUCAGAAAUCAAACGACGCGUGAGUGAGGGCGAGAGCCUGCCUUACCUGACGGGGGCGCCGCCGUCGCUGGUGAUGUACCUCACGCAGUACGGCCUCAAGUGGAACGCGCACGAGCGAGACUUGGACUUCCAUGAGAUACACACCAUGUUGCGCUCGCUCAGGGUGCAGGUUGAGGAAGAUGAGAGGGUGCCCGCCGUGACUGCCUGGGCUCCUCCAUCGCUGCCCAACACGCCCAUCAUUGGACGUAACGCGCCACAAAAUGCAGCUCAUAAUCCCAACAAUCCCCAUUUCUUGAGGAACAGAUCCUCGAUAGCGUCCAACGAUAACCUCCGUCCAUCAUCGUCCAGUUACCCGUCAACCUCGGCCAGAUCUUCAUCUGAAAUUCACCCAUCACAAUACCUUCAGUUCGUUACCAUAGACCAGCUGUCGUCGUCAUCAUCUUGUUCAUCAGUGCAUCUACAAGGGCAACAAAUACCGCAGGAUCUUGCUGAAGGAAUCACCACGUUGCCUUCUAAAGUCAGCGUUGAGAUCAACAAGAGCAGCGGUGGCAGAGGUCACCUGAACCAUCAGCUAUCAGCGGUGCAGGUCCACGAGAAGCCCAUCGAAAGAUGCGUCGAGAUCCAAAAUAUUGCUCACGUCACUUCCUGUCCUAGAAAUGCCAUCAAAUCAUCCUCAGUGUUGAUGACCUCGACUCCUGCAAGAUCCAUGGCUGGUCGUGCAGGAGAUUUGCCCCCCGACCUGCUGCCCAGCAAGUUCCGUCCCGCGCCCCACAUGCCGCCCGGCACACCCGACAUCCUAAGUCGGGAGCUGGGGUCCUUACUUCGGCCUUUUUCCCAGCCUGCGGAAAGAUCUGCUGCGUCGCCCGUCUCGACAGGCAGCGACAAGGAAAACUUCGAUGCUGAUGGCGCCAACGUGCAAGAGUUUGCUUACAUAUCUAAUCGGGCUAAACGGGCCUUCUUCUCUGAAAGUGAAAGCAGCAGCAAAGCUCCUAGUCCUGUGGACGAUAAGCCUCCUCGAGUGAAUCAUCACUGGCAUUCUGUCGAUGGCAGUAAAACAUCGUCUCCUAAAACCUUCGUCGAGAAAGAGGUGGUCAAGGAAAGAGUAAUAUACAAUAAAAGUAACAAUAAGUUCGAGGCUCAGGACGUAAAAAGAUCCAUCAGAACCGAUGUUGUUCGUAAAGGCCUUAGUUUAAGUAAUUUAUUGAACAUCGGGGGCGGUUCUAUGGUGACACGGACAAUCUCGCACAUAUCGCUAUGCUCGGCUGAGGGCGCUGCCUCUCCUGGUGGGGAGGUGCGUCGGCCACAGCGCACCAUCAGUCAAGUGACGCUCACCUUCAAGAAACUCAGCACGACGGACUCUUCCUCGUCGUCUAGUCGUGACGAGCUCGAAGAAGCCGUCAAAGGAGACAACCGCAGAGACACUCAGCACUACCGUCGCUCAACGUCCCUUACUAAGAACCAACAGCAGGCGAAGAGCCCUCGUCACUGGGACGAAGUGACGGCCAUCAAGCCUGCGAGUCACCAGCUCACUCGUCACUCGUCCUCCUGCUCGCUGUCGAGUGGGGGGCCACCGUCCCCCGUACACCAGUUCGUGGGGGGGCCCGGGCACAGCUUGCUCGCCUCCGCCGCCCUCAAGGCCAGGAGUGGCUCGUCUCUCCCCACCUCACCGCAACGCAAAACUUCAACGGCUAAGACGAGCGAGACUCGGCCGAGCAGCUACUACGGCGUCGGUGCCGUGGCCCUGACGGAGUCCGUCAGGAUCAACCCGCGCCACGACGGCUCACGGCACCGCCAUCGCAGGGGGCAGCGCAGCGCUCACAUCGAGCCAGAAGAAGAGUUCAUCGACGACGAGUUCAACGCGGCGCUGUACGAGCAGCCACACAUGCAGCUCUCGGUGGGCUCCUCGGAGAACCUGCUCGACUCCCGCCUCUCCACCACCUCGGUCAUGGCUGACGACAGCGGUUUAUUCCGUGGGUGUUUGCCUCGUCGUCUAGACGACGUUUCGUUGGCGUGCGAGCAGCAAGCGUGCGCAACAGCGUACGAGACGCCACUUUACGCACCCCGGCUCUCCGGUCACUCGGUGAACGCUCCUCGUCACAUCCUCAACGCCUUACCUGAAAAUUCAGACGAAGAUUUAUCGCUCACUUCCCUCACGUUGAGGGAAAGCAUCGUUCCAGACAACCAAUCGACACGUCAACCACAUCCUGAAACUGCGUGCUCUAUCCUUCCCGAGUCACGAGAGGCAGCCGAAAAAAUAUCUUCUAAGUCUGAUGAAGCCAGUGUUUUGCCUCCCACGGAGACCGACUCGAUUGCGGAGAACUCGUCCAUGUCUGUCAAGGAUUCUGACUCCGUUGCGAGCUUCUCGCCGUCCAUGGGUGACUUUAGGAAAGAAUACGAGCCUUUGCAAAGCGUUCUGCUGUUGCGCAGCAUGCAGGGCAAAGGCCUCAGUUUGUACUUACCAAAGCAUUCCCUUGGCAGUGAUGACAGCGAGACUGAAGUUCUGUAAAUAGUUGUACUUAAUUAGCAUCAUUUGUACAUCGAUAAAAUCAUGCUUCAUUACUUUUAGAAUCUUGAGCCUUACUUUCCUCCCUUCGUUGCCGUCGCGUGUCAACAAUGUUACAACUUUAUUCGCUUGGGUGCUUAAGAACACCUGCUUGUGAUGGAUAUCGUAUACUGACUGAAAACCUGCUGCAUAUCCUGACUUCUCUGAGUUUUAGUUUAGUUGGUCAUGCAUUUAUCGUAGUUCUUGCGUUGGUGCUCGUUUCAUUACUCUUAAUAGUUAAGUAAGAAUUUCAAUUUUGCUUUUACCAUCUAUUUUCAUGCCAAAAUAUGUCCGUGGUAAUUCAUGCUUUAUUAUUUCAAGAUUACUCGUAUUUCAGAGAUUACGUUUUCGGUUGAUUUUAUUCUAUAUUCUUCUUUUAUUGAAUGUAUGGAAGAUCGCCGUCGCUACAUAUUACCAUGGAGGUCCCAGCUUUCCGGUAGGGUUCAUUGUCAAUAUUGUGUGGUCGGCUGCCAAUGCAUUGUUAUACUAAAUCGUUGUUCAAUAAAACACGGUUCUUCUUGCCUUACUUGUGCAGUGUCCAGUCGUAUUUCAAAACUUCUGUGUAAUUCCUGACAAUUAUUUUGAAGAUCUUAUGAGUUAGUACUGAAAAAAACUAUCUUUCAUUCUCGUACUGUUCAUAUAAGAUAUAACUAACUUCUUCACAGUCAUCGAUUCUUAGUUCAUCACUAGGAUCUCAUUUCGCAUGAUUUUUGAAAUAAUUAAUAAAAAAGAUACUGGAA